AUGUUGAAGGCCACACUAAAGAAUAGACUUAUAUCUAAUGGUUUUAUACCAGCAAGAUGGUAUACUCUAGCUACUACCGUGUCAAACCCUGAGAAUGUAAGCAUACAAACACAGACCCCAAUUUUGAAUAAUACACCAUUGAAUAAAGACGAUACCAUUGAGGAAGUUUUGCGCAAUUAUAAUUUUCCAAAGUUAAAUGAAAUAAAAUCGGAGGAUGUAUUAGGCAAUAAUCGAUUUGGAACGAAGACAUAUUUUAUCAGAAGAAGUACCACAGGCAAUCUACCUGUUUAUACUGAUUAUAAAGGUGGUGGUAACAAAAUUAUAACUGAAGUUAGGAAAAUUGAAGGUGAUAUCAUCCAACUGAGGAAUGAUCUACAAGAAAAGUUACCUCAAAUUAACAAAAAAAACUGGUCUAUCGUAAUGCAAUCCAAAAAAAUCAUUAUUAAGGGAAAUUUCUCUAGAGACAUAAAGAAAGUUUUGUCUGCUUCAUUCUAG